AUGGCUUCUAUGAUUCCGAUAUCCAUCGCAAAGAUCCAUGUUUUCCCAUCUUCGAUGGUCGUCUCCGGCGAUACAACGGUUUUGUCCAGCUUUCGGAAGCUGCCUAUGGUUUCUACAAACAGAACAACUAAAACUACAAUCGUUAAUGCAGCCACCAGUUCAUCGACGAUUGGUCAAUCUCCACUACGGAAAGAAAUGGCAGGUGAUCAGAAACUUGUGGCGUGGACUAGUGUUCGGCAAGAGCGAUGGGAAGGCGAGCUUGUUGUCGAAGGAGAAAUACCUAAAUGGCUGAAUGGAACCUACUUGAGAAACGGACCAGGUCUAUGGCACGUCGGCGACUACGAUUUCCGCCACCUCUUUGAUGGUUACGCCACCCUCGUCCGCCUCCACUUCGACAACGGCCACCUCAUAAUGGGUCACCGGCAAAUUGAAUCCGACGCCUAUAAAGCAGCAAAAAAGAACAAUAAACUUUGUUACCGUGAAUUUUCUGAAGUCCCUAAGCACGGCAAUUUCCUAGCCUACAUCGGCGACCUAGCCAACCUCUUUUCCGGUGCAUCAUUGACCGAUAAUGCUAACACCGGCGUGGCAAAAUUAGCCGAUGGUCGGGUUGUUUGUUUGACAGAAACCAUCAAAGGGUCGAUCGUGAUCGACCCAAAUACGUUGGAUACGUUAGAGAAGUUCGAGUAUAGUGACUCUUGGGGUGGAUUGAUCCACUCAGCACACCCCAUAGUUACCGACUCAGAAUUCAUAACAUUGUUGCCGGAUUUGUUGAACCCUGGUUAUACGGUGGUAAGGAUGGAAUCUGGUACGAAUGAGAGGAAGAUGAUCGGCCGGGUUGACUGUCGGGGUGGACCAUCUCCAGGGUGGGUGCACUCAUUUCCGGUGACUGAACAUUAUGUGAUUGUGCCGGAGAUGCCAUUGAGGUAUUGUGCCCAGAAUUUGUUGAAGGCUGAACCUACACCGCUGUAUAAAUUCAGAUGGUAUCCUGAAUCUAAAGGGUUUAUGCAUGUUAUGUGCAAAGCCAGUGGCAAAAUUGUGGCAAGCGUGGAAGUUCCUUUGUUUGUAACAUUUCAUUUCAUCAAUGCGUACGAAGAGAAAGAUGAACAAGGAAGGAUCACCGGAGUGAUUGCCGACUGCUGUGAGCAUUAUGCCGAUACCACCAUCCUUGACAAUCUCCGCCUUCAGAACCUCCGUUCGUGGUCUGGCGAAGACGUCCUACCUGACGCUAGGGUUGGGAGAUUUAGGAUACCACUGGAUGGAAGUGAAAAUGGAGAGUUAUAUGCAGCCUUGAAUCCAGAAGAACAUGGAAGAGGGAUGGAUAUGUGCAGCAUCAACCCUUCUUUUCUAGGGAAACCCUAUCGAUAUGCUUAUGCUUGUGGUGCUCAACGCCCUUGUAAUUUUCCCAACACCCUCACUAAGAUAGACUUAAUAGACGGGAAGGCAAAAAACUGGUACGACGAGGGUGCAGUUCCCUCUGAACCAUUUUUCGUGGCUCGUCCUGGUGCAACCGAGGAAGAUGAUGGAGUGGUGAUAUCAAUGAUAAGUGACAAAAAUGGAGAAGGAUACGCGCUCAUCUUAGACGGAUCAACAUUUGAAGAAAUCGCAAGAGCAAAAUUUCCAUACGGGCUCCCAUACGGACUUCAUGGAUGCUGGGUUCCAAAGACUUAGGUCCAGAUGGUUUUAAAAAACCAGGUAGUUGCAGUAGCAUAUCUAGUCAAGAGUAUUGAGUGCGAGUGCAUGAGCGUGUAUGUGUGUGCGUGUAUACUGUAAUUUUUUGUUUACAAAAACUCGAUUUUUAUGUACAAAUUCUCCACU